AAUUACUACAGUUCAUGUUUGUUUCAUCUGUAAUUUUACUUUCUAUCUUCAUCUUCAUCUUCCCGUCAGAUCUCUACCAAUCCGUCGGUUUCGGACACCGACAGGUAGCUUUUCCGGAUCCGAACCCGCCCAAUACAACCUCAACAAAACCGAUUUUUUACGUCUCACAACCCGUUUACCCGAUUCCACCCACCCGGACUCUUGCGGAUUUUUGUCCACCCCGACUCUCUCUCUGUAUCUCGAAUUUCUCAAUUUCUCUCUUGACAACACUGCAGGUCUGUCUUAUAUCUCAGAUUGUUUAAUCAACCAAGUCUUUCUGUGGCAUAAAACAAGAGAGGUUUAGUUUACUGUCUUAAUUUGGCAAAAAUGACAGAAAUCUUUAGCGACACUGCUUGCAGGCAGUUAUCUCAAAUGUUCCUUGCAGUUAUGUUCUUUCACGUUUCAGAGUAUUUUCUAGCCGCCUUCAUUCAUGGGAAAUCAAGUGUAACUUUGAGGUCCCUUUUGAUUAGCAAAGACUAUCUUUUAGCAUUGAUAUUUUCAUUGCUAGAAUAUUUAAUUGAGAUUGCUUUAUUCCCUGAUUUAAAGGAACAUUGUGUUAUCAGUGAUUUCGGGUUGGUAUUGGUUGUUAUCGGGGAAAUUUUAAGGAAGAUGGCAAUAAUAACAGCAGGCCAAUCAUUCACUCAUAUGAUAAGGGUUCGUCCUGAUGAACGUCACCAAUUGGUUAAACAUGGUAUAUAUAAGUUUAUUCGUCAUCCAGGGUAUUGCGGUUUCUUCAUUUGGUCUGUUGGAACUCAAAUAAUGCUCUGUAAUCCUUUAUCGACUAUUGGAUUUGCAGUUGUUGUCUGGAAGUUCUUUUCUAGCCGAAUACCUUACGAGGAAUACUUUUUGAGACAGUUUUUCGGAAUGCAGUAUGUUGAAUAUGCCCAACAAGUUGUGUCUGGGGUGCCAUUUAUAAAAUGAAGACCAGUAAGUUAUGUGAGAUGAACCGUAUAUCAUGUAACAUUAACUCAAAAUAAUCAAUAAAGUUUGAAAUUGAACCCAUUUUUCCUCUAACAGCUUCAACCUGUCCUUCACGUUACUUUAGAUAUGAAGUGCUUGCUUUCAGCCUGUGGCUACGCCAACCCUUUCUUUUAUUACAUGCAGCUCUGCUGGAUUCCGUCUAUGGAUAAAAAUCAUCGUUCGGUAGACGGUGUUUAAGAUUAAGUUUCAGGGUCUUGAUCAGAUUGUUGCAGAUUACUGAUUCCAAGCCUGCUGAUUUUACUUCUGCCAAACUGUUCUGGGUUGCUACUGCCCAGUCAUAUACUAGCCGAUGAAAUUUAGUUUUGUUACUAUGAGAACUAGGGUUCUGUUUGUGUUCCCGAGUACAUGUAUGCUCUUUUUGUGAUGUAAUCUGGACACUGUUGUAAUCUUUGAUAACUUAUUCUGGAAGAAAAAUGUUAAAAUCAUUACUAAUAAAAGGUCAUAUUAAUGUUCA